AUGCCAGAAUCUGAAGCGAAAUUAUCAGAAUUAUCGAAACAAGAUGUACGUCGAGAAGGUAUUUUGUUAAUUUUACAAGGUAUUUGUAAAUUUAUUAUUUUUCGAAUAUCUCUUCACUUAAUACCUCUUGAAUGGCUUUCGCUUUCUUCAUCAUCAUUGUUUCUAAUAUUCCGCUUUCUUCGUUAUGGAUUAUUAAGUAUUCUUCUAUAUCUAUCACUUGACGGUAAUGUCAGUAUCGCUUUCGGUAUUUAUACUAUCCUUUUUAAUCUUCAAAUGAAUCCUGUGUAUGCUGCGUUGCCUUUCGUUUCUACCAGUCUUCGAGACUUUUGGUCACAUCGUUGGAAUCGUCUUAUAAAAAAUUCGCUGCAACUUAUGUCUUUUGUUGUUAUUCCAAAAUGGAUCGAUCCAAUAAUCUCUAUGAACAACAAAGCAAAAGGUCUUCUAGCUUUUGUAAUAUCAGGUUUGCUGCAUGAAUAUACGUACUGGUUUGUCGCUGGUAAAUGGUCUGGUAAAAAUAUGAUUUUUUUUUUAUUACAUGGUCUUUUAGUUUUAUUAGAAAUAACUAUGAAGUGGCCAACAAAGCCAAAUACUUUCAAAGAAAAAUUAUUGGGAUGUAUAUGGACAGUAGGAAUUAUGUUAUCUACUGCAUCUCUUUUCUUCGAUCCAUAUAUUGAAACUGGACUUUUUGCUGCUUGGAAAUAA